UUACAAUGAAAUUGGUGAUGAAGGUGCAUCAGGCUUAGGUUCUGCUUUAGCAAAUUGCAUUAAUCUCUCAAAUUUGACACUUUACCUUUCUAAGAAUUAAAUUGGUGAUAAAGGUGCAUCAGGCUUAGGUUCUGGUUUAGCAAAUUGCAUUAAUCUCUCAAAUUUGACACUUUACCUUAAUUCUAAUUAAAUUGGUGAUGAAGGUGCAUCAGGCUUAGGUUCUGGUUUAGCAAAUUGCAUUAAUCUCUCAAAUUUGACACUUUAACUUGAUUACAAUUAAAUUGGUGAUGAAGGUGCAUCAGGCUUAGGUUCUGGUUUAGCAAAUUGCAUUAAUCUCUCAAAUUUGACACUUAAUCUUUCUAAAAAUUAAAUUGGUGAUGAAGGUGCAUCAGGCUUAGGUUCUGGUUUAACAAAUUGCAUUAAUCUCUCAAAUUUGACACUUUACCUUGAUUCUAAUUAAAUUGGUGAUGAAGGUGCAUCAGGCUUAGGUUCUGGUUUAGCAAAUUGCAUUAAUCUCUCAAAUUUGACACUUAAUCUUUCUGAGAAUUAAAUUGGUGAUGAAGGUGCAUCAGGCUUAGGUUCUGGUUUAGCAAAUUGCAUUAAUCUCUCAAAUUUGACACUUUGCCUUGA